GGCGCCGGAGCGCGCACGCCCCUAAGCCCACGUGAGCGGCGGGCGCUUGUCUCGAGUUCCGGUCACUCCGUAGCGGCGCGGACUGCGUACUGCGGCUCGUUCCGAGGCCCGUCAUGUCUUCUCUCAGCUUCCAGAGCGGCGGCGGCGGCGGCAGCGGCUUGAGGAAGGAGGAGAAGGGCAAGAAUAUCCAGGUGGUGGUGCGGUGCAGGCCUUUUAAUGCCUCAGAACGUAAAGGAACCUCCUAUGCUGUUGUAGAGUGUGAUCAAGCGAGAAAUGAAGUUAGUGUCCGCACUGGAGGAGUGACAGAUAAGACAUCGAGAAAGACUUACACAUUUGAUAUGGUUUUUGGAGCUCAGGCAAAGCAGGUUGAUGUAUACCGGAGUGUUGUGUGUCCCAUUUUGGAUGAAGUUAUUAUGGGCUACAACUGUACAGUGUUUGCUUAUGGCCAAACUGGUACUGGUAAGACCUUCACAAUGGAAGGGGAGCGGUCAUCCAAUGAGGAGUGUACUUGGGAAGAGGAUCCACUAGCAGGUAUAAUACCCCGUACAUUGCAUCAAAUAUUUGACAAACUCAAAGAGACUAGUACAGAAUUUUCAGUGAAAGUUUCUCUUUUGGAAAUCUAUAAUGAGGAGCUUUUUGAUCUUCUGAGUCCUACUUCUGAUGUUGGAGAAAGAUUGCAGAUGUUUGAUGACCCUCGAAACAAGAGGGGUAUAAUUAUUAAAGGCUUGGAAGAAGUAACUGUACACAACAAAAAUGAAGUCUACAAAAUCCUGGAAAGGGGUGCAGCAAAAAGAACAACUGCAGCUACUUACAUGAAUGCAUAUUCUAGCCGUUCCCACUCUGUGUUUUCUAUUACCAUCCAUAUGAAAGAAAUGACAGCAGAUGGAGAAGAACUUGUCAAAAUUGGAAAGUUAAACUUGGUUGAUCUUGCAGGAAGUGAAAACAUUGGUCGAUCUGGUGCAGUUGACAAAAGAGCUCGUGAAGCUGGAAAUAUCAACCAGUCUCUUCUGACACUAGGAAGAGUUAUUACUGCUCUCGUAGAAAGAGCGCCACAUAUUCCCUACAGGGAAUCUAAACUCACAAGAAUCCUUCAAGACUCUCUUGGGGGACGAACAAAAACAUCAAUAAUUGCCACAAUUUCUCCUGCAUCUGCAAAUCUUGAGGAAACAUUGAGUACUCUGGAAUAUGCCCACAGAGCAAAGAACAUCAUGAACAAGCCUGAAGUUAAUCAGAAGCUAACAAAAAAAACUCUUAUUAAGGAAUAUACUGAAGAGAUUGAACGUCUGAAGAGAGACCUUGUAGCUACACGAGAAAAAAAUGGAGUCUAUAUUUCCCUUGAAAACUAUGAAGCCCUUAAUGGAAAGCUGACAAUUCAGGAAGAACAAAUUGCAGAGUACCUUGACAAAAUCGGUGUCAUGGAGGAAGAAGUGAAAAAAAUCACUGAACUAUUCACAGUUAGUAAAAAUGAACUUGAGCAGUGUAAAUCAGAUCUGCAAAUCAAGGAGAAAGAACUGGAAGAAACACAAAAAGAUCUGCAAGAAACCAGAGUUUGUCUGGCUGAAGAAGAAUAUGUGGUUUCAGUUUUGGAAAACACUGAACAAAAACUUCAUGGCACAGCUACCAAGUUACUUAGUACAGUUGAAGAAACUACAAAAGAUGUAUCUGGUCUCCACGCAAAACUGGACCGUAAGAAGGCUGUAGAUCAACACAAUGCUAUCAUCCAAAAUACGUUUGCAGGACAAAUGAAUGCUUUGUUCAACAAAAUUCAAGAUUCAGUUAGUGAAAACAGUUUGAAGCAGCAACAGAUGUUGACAUCUUACACAAAUUUUAUAGGUGACGCCCUGUCUGCCAGUUCUUCAGCAGCUAAUAUUCUUGCAUCAGUUGUAUCAGCCUCUUUUGCCUCUGUUAAAGAAUUGGUGUCUGCUGAAGUUUCUCACAUGUCUGAAAAAAUAACACAACAUGAGAAUCUAUCACUUGAUUGUAAAGCUGAGCUGCUGAGAUUAAUUGAGGAACAUACAUCUGGAUUAGGAAGAUCAUUAAAUAGCUUGACACCAGUGAUAGAAUUUGUCUUGGGGCUAAACUGUCAGUUUCAGAGUAACAUGAAGAAAUAUUCUGCUGUGGCUCACAAGAUGGAGGGUCAUAAAAAGGAAAUGGAUACCUUCUUCGGAGAUCUUUCGCUCAAUCUGAAAAAAUUACAGGAAGAAACAACCAGUGUUUUUGCUCAGCUUCAGAAUGACUGUGAGAAUUUAAAAGAAGAAGUGGAAAUGACGAGGUUGGCACAUACAAAGAGCACAGCUGAAUUAAUGUCAUCACUGCAAAGCCAGCUUGACUUGUUUGCUCGGGAGACUCAGAAGAACUUAACAAAUGUACUCACAAAAAAUGGAAGCUUGAAGACCGCCAUCACUGCUGUGCAAGAAAACAUUCACCUGAAGACAACAGACCUAGUCAGCAGUACAACUUCCAAUCACAGUAAAUUUAUUGCUUCUCUGGAUAAUUUCUCUCAAGAGCUCGGGAUAAUAAAUGCUGAAAACAAGAUGAUGCUGGAAGAAUCUACUGAUCACUGUCAACAACUUCUCAGCAAUCUCAAAAAUGUGUCUCAGGAUACUGAUAAAUGGGGUGAACAUGAAACUGCUCAGAUAGUUCACCUUAGCAGUCAGCAUCUAUUGUUCCUCAAUGAUGAGAAACAGCAACUUCAGUAUUUACAAAAGAAAAAUGAAGAAAGCUGUGAUAAAGCAAUAGCUGAAACUGCUAACCAUAUUGAUAGACAAAAGGCUGCUGAGGAGAAGGUACUAAAUAGCCUUCUUGAUCAGAUAAAGCGUGAUCAGGAGAGACUUCUGGAGCAGAAGCUGGCACUUAAUGAGGAAGCACAGCAUGGACUGACUCAGGUUAAUGGCUUCCUGCAAGAGGAUCUUAAAGUGGAUAUUCCAACAGGUACAACUCCACAGAGAAGAGACUACUUCUAUCCAGUCACACUUGUGAGAACAGAACCCCGGAAACUUCUGCUGGAGCAGUUAAGGCAAACACAACCAAAGCCCGAUGCUGUGCAAAACAGUAUGAUAAAGGAGGUGGAGGACAAUGCAGAUCAGGACCUGCUGGAAGAGGGAGCAGGGUUGCAAGAAUCCAUUGAAAUCCUUGCUAGCAACAAAUCCUUAUUGGAUACAAGCAACAAAUCCUUAUUGGAUACAAGCAACAAAUCCUUAUUGGAUACAAGCAACAAAUCCUUAUUGGAUACAAGCAACAAAUCCUUAUUGGAUACAAGCAACAAAUCCUUAUUGGAUACAGGCAACAAAUCCUUAGUGGAUACAGGCAACAAAUCCUUAGUGAAUACAAGCAACAAAUCCUUAGUGAAUACAAGCAACAAAUCCUUAGUGAAUACAAGCAACAAAUCCUUAGUGAAUACAAGCAACAAAUCUUUAGUGAAUACAAGCAACAAAUCCUUAGUGAAUACAAGCAACAAAUCCUUAGUGAAUACAAGCAUAUGCUGCCAGGCAAACAGUGGCAUUCCCUUUUUCCAGCACAAAAGGAGUCACAAAAAGGAUAAAGAGAACAAAUCUGCAGCUACAGUGGAGAAGAACAAAAUAGGGGAUAUGACAGAACGGUUUCUUCCCAAAUCUAAGCCUCCUUUGAGAUCACUGAACUAAGAUAUAUCCACUGCAGGUCCCUGUUUUGAAAUACUUACGUCUAAUUGUCUACUGAGCCAUAACUUUCUUCGGUUAUUUUCGGUCUCUGUAUAUAGUGAUAUAAUGAUGCAAAGUUGGAUCAGAAGAUUGGCUUGCCAGUUGUCCUGCCUUUGUCCUAUUUUUAUAUUCUGUAUCUUGCAAAGUAUUGAAAAACUUUUUUUAAAAGAACAUGGAUUAUUGUGCUGUAUGUUAAAUA